UAAAAAUAAAACCGUUUAUUAUUAACAAAAAAUUCAAAAUUUUAUUCAUUAGCCACAAAUACAAUUGAAAUAUAUUCAUGAUAAUUAAGCAACGUUUUAACCAAUACUUGUGAAGGAAAGACGUGAAACUAUCCCUUGUAAAUAAAGAAAGAUUUUCAGAGCCCGCAAGUAACCUAUAACAAAAUGGAAGAUAAAUCGAAUCGUCGCCAUACGAGUUUUGAUAAAAUCGAUGGAAAUAGUGAUAUACAUAAAGUUUACGAGUGUGAAUUUUGCUCGGAGGCUUUUUCAUAUAAAUCUGGUUUAGAACAACAUUUAACAAAACACUCGAACGAAAAGCCUUUUCGAUGUAAAAUGUGCGACGAAACAUUCAAAUAUAAAACUACAUUGAUUGUUCACGAGCAAUUGCAUACAGAAGAAAAACUGUUUAAGUGCGUAAUUUGUUCUCAAUCUUUUACCACUAGUAAACACUUAAAAGAACACAAAACAGUUCACGAUCCUGGGAGAACUGCGAAGACAGAAAAAUAUGAUUUGCAUAGUAAAUUUCAUGUGAGAAAAGCAAAUGACCCAAAUGAAAGUCUAGAGCAAGCAGGACCUUCUUCGGCUCACACUCACGAAGAGAUGAUGCAAGCAGGAUUGUCUUCAGCUCACAUUUACAAAAAUAUGACACAGGAAAAACCGUAUUCAGCUCACAUUUACGAAGGGAUGACACAAGCAGGACCGUCUACACCUCAAAUUUACGAAGGGAUGACGCAGGCAGAACCGUCUUCAGCUCACACUCACAAAUGGAUGAUGCAGACAGGACUGUUUUCAGCUAACAUUUACAAAGGGAUGACGCAGGCAGCACCGUUUUUAGCUCACACUUAUGACUGGACGAUGCAGGCCGGGCAAUAUUCACCUCACACCCACGAAUCCAUGAUGCAGGCAGGACAGUCUUUACUUCACACCCACGGAUGGAUGAUGCAUGCAGAACAAUCUUUACCAUACACCCACAAAUUGAUGAUGUAUGCAAGACAGUCUUCAGCUCACACUAACGAAUCGAUGAUGCAGGCAGGACAGUCUUUACUUCACACCCACGGAUGGAUGAUGCAGGCAGGACAGUCUUUACCUCACACCCACGGAUGGAUGAUGCAGGCAGGACAGUCUUUACCUCACACCCACGGAUGGAUGAUGCAUGCAGAACAAUCUUCAGCUCACACUCACGAAUUGAUGAUGCAGGCAGGACCGUCUUCAGCUCUUACUUACGAAGAAAUGAUGCAUGCAGGAUCGUAUUCAGCACACACUUAUGACUGGACGAUGCAGGCAGGGCUGUCUUCAGCUCACACUCAAGAAGGAAUGAUGCAGGCAGGAUCUUCCUCAUUUCAAAAUCCAAGUUUAACUCUGGAUGAACAAAGAGACUUCGAAGUGAAAAAGAAUAAAAGAAAAAGAUAUACGCCGAUGAAAUCAAGUUGAACAUGAAUUCAAAAAUUUAUUAGAAUAAUUAUAGAAUUCUGUAAAACGAAAAGUACCGAUGAAACGAACAUAUUUAAAAUUUUAUUUCGGCCUAUAUUCGCAAAUUUUUAAAUGAUUUUAACUGAUUUUUAUUGAAUAUUUGUAUUUUGAAUAAUUUUGCAAUUAAAAACAGCUUUUAUUUUAUUGAAAAUUUAUUAUUUUAUUGAUUUAAUCGAAGGGAGGCAUUCAAACGUCAAGACUACACCACAGCGAUAACACAGUCCAAUUUCAGAUAGGCAUUAUAUGCAAAAGAGUCAGUGACUUAUUUUGGAAGACUUGUGCUUUGUUGAGGCAACAUAAAUCAGGCUUGUGUUUUAGUACUUUGGUAUAUACAAACUUUAAUCUAAGGAAUGAAAAGAUUCGAAAAAAAUAGAAUGAUGUCUUUAUGGACGGUCUUUAAAGAAUUCGGCUCCUUUUCUCACACACAUUGAAGACGAAGUGAU